AUGCGCGAAAUUGUUCAUAUCCAAGCCGGCCAAUGUGGAAAUCAAAUAGGUUCCAAAUUUUGGGAAGUUAUUUCAGAUGAACAUGGUAUUGAUCCAACCGGUGCAUACCAUGGUGAUUCUGAUCUUCAACUUGAACGUAUCAAUGUAUAUUACAAUGAAGCAGCUGGAGGUAAAUAUGUUCCACGUGCUGUGCUUGUUGAUCUUGAACCAGGAACUAUGGAUUCAGAAUUUACUGAAGCUGAAUCAAAUAUGAAUGAUUUAGUUAGUGAAUAUCAGCAAUAUCAAGAUGCAACUGCCGAAGAAGAAGACGAAGCUGUUGAAGGCGAAGAAGAACAACAUGCAUAA